AUGGGCUAUGGCCAGGACGUUUACGCCUACUUCUUUGGUGGCACCGAGAAGGGGGCGAUCUACGCUGGACUCGCCACUCUGCUGGUGCUGUGCCUGUACUUGCUGGACUUCUUCUGGCCACCUCACCUCGAAGGCCAGUACUUCGUGCUUUGCGACAAGGACUUCUUUGCAGGAAGGGCCAUCCUGGCUGUAGCGGGCCUACUGUUGUUUGCAGCGGCGCUGAAUCUGGCCGAGACCUACCCGUCGGUCCCAAUCCAGUGCACUGUCUUGUUGGGCCCGCUUUUGACGACUGUGGUGCGUGCCCUGACGCGGCCCUUGCCAGUGGAGGCGGAGGAAGUGGGGAACAUGCAAACCACCCGUAUGAUGAAGAUGCAGCGCUAUGUUGGCUCGGAGAGAGAUGCUACGGCCUUCUACGCUGGCAGCAUGACGGCCUCCUUUCUGCUUGGGGUUCUGACGUUGGCCAUGUGGCUGGUGUGGGCACUCAGCGAGAACAUCGACUUCAGCGACGUCACUUUCGGCGACACCCAGUCGGAGCUCACGUACAUCCGCUGGGUUUCGCCAGUUGCAGUUGGCUUGGCGUACCUGAUGUUUGGUUUGAUCGUCUCCCUGCGUGUUGGCCUGGCCGGGAGCUACAACCACGGGGACAUGCUGCUCCAGAUGGUCACUGAGCAUGAACAAGUCACGAUGAGCAACGGCCGCAAGUCUGUGCGGCGCAAGACACUUGUUGGGCUGGUGGCGCAGCAGUUCGAAGACGAGGACUGCAAGCUGGCCUUUGACAAACUGAGCAAUUCACAGAAGGACAAGUUUGCAGAAAAACAAAUGCGGAACUUGGACCUCGUUUCCCGCAUGAUCAAAGUUUGCGGCUGUGUGUUUGUGUUGAUGUUCGGCACCACGUGGAUGGCCUCCCAGCUGGUUUCUUCCAGCAGCCACCUAUCGGACUUGGUGUUGGGGUUCCUGGGCGUUUUCAGCAUCAGCUUCUGCCUCUUCGUGGCCGUCGCCUUCCAGCGCCUGAAGACAGUCAUGGCCGACUGGUGCAAGAACCUGCCGCUCUACCGGCUUUCCUUAAGCCUGUUCCAGAGCGACUGGGUCCGCGCACUGCUCGCCUUCGCCUUCAGCCCCUUGGUUCCCAUCGUGUUGGUUCUCUCCUGCAUGAACCAGAAGGUUCGCAAGUUUCGGGGCCUGCCAACGAUCACCUACGAGGCGGGUGAGAGCUCGGUCGCCUUCUCACCGGACACCGACGCGGAGCAGCUUUGGCUCACACAACGCGUCUCCUACCAGGUGGAAGCGAUGAGAGAAGACUGGGAAUGGAUCUCCAUCUUCAUGAAGAUGUAUGUUUUCGGCCUCUUGAUGCUGCUCUACGUGACCUUUCCCAUCCUCUUGAACAUCUUCCUCUCAUGGCUGAGCUCCUCGCUCCAGGGUUUCGACUUCGGUGUGGUCUGCCUCCUCAUCGUCGUAGCAGGCAUGUGCUGCUUCCUGCUGCCUCCGGUGCCGGGGGUGCCAGUCUACCUCUUUGCGGGCAUCAUCAUCGCCGACAAGUGUCCGCAGGGCUUCGAGGCGGGGGCCGCCAUCGCCAUCGGCGUGGGCUUCGUGCUGAAGCUGAUGGCCUGCGCCAUGCAGCAGAAGCUCAUUGGAGAAUGCCUCGGUGCAAAUCUCACCAUACGAACACAGGUCGGGAUCAAUACGCCCAUGAUUCGUGCCAUCGAGGCAGUGCUCCGCAAGCCGGGCAUGAGCAUCGGCAAGGUGUCGAUCCUCUGCGGUGGCCCUGACUGGCCGACCUCCGUGCUUGCGGGCAUCCUGCGCCUCUCUCUCUUCGAGUGCGAGCUCGGCACCUUGCCUAUCAUCUUCUUUGUGGCUGCUUGCUCCCUUUCGGGAUCCUUCUAUCUGAAGCAGAACGAGAGUGAGUUGUGGGACCGAGCGGCCACGUUCAUGAUGUCCGCCUCGGUGUUCUUGUGCAUGCUGCUGCAGAUCAUGGGCGCCUGGGCCAUCCAGACGCAGCUGGAUCAAAAUGAGUGGGAGUUGACGAAGCCCUUGGAGCAGAAUGUUGAGCUCGACUGGCUCGACUUCCGAUGGCGUGAGAUGUCACGAGCAGCCGCAGUGAGGUGGUCCGACACUCCAGUCUGGCUGAGAGUGGUGACCCUUUUCGGCAUCCUUCUUCAGGUGCUGGUGGGGCAGGUCUUCUACUGGAGGUCCUCUCUGUGUUUCGGCGAGUUCGAAGUCACGGACGACAUCAACUCCCUGCAAUGGUGGGUCGACGGCGAGUCGGGGCUGAUCCUUCUUCCAGGACUUGUCUGCUGCUGCCUGUCGAUAGGAGGCUGGGCCUUCUACUUCAUCCUCAGCUGCUGGCUGAAGAGACAGCAAGCCAAGCCUUUCGCAGACAUGGCGAAGCGACUUGAUGCCAUCGAAAAGCGAUGGAAGGACCAGCGCCGGGACCUCGCUGCGAAGCUCGCAGCUCUCGGCGCCUGCAGGGACAACUGGGAGGAAGUGGAGGAAGCCAACGAAGCGGCCCAAGAAAUGCUGAGGAACGCACGGGCGGUGGCCACCGAGUAG